AACUUUUAUACAUAUGUAUACAUAUCUAAUUUUUUCGCCAAAACAAUCUGGAAUAUCCUGUUUUGAUUUAACUGGGACGAAAAUCAUAGUCUGUUCUAAUUUUUAGAUACAAAAUUAGUGUUUUGAAAUUUUCGUAAGCUUAAAAAUGUUACGACAAUUAUUGUGUGCGGGCUCACGUCGUAGUAUAUUGCGUUUGCAGCCUUUUUCAACAAUAAAACCUACUGAUGACGGUGAUUUGAAAGAAAAGGCAAAGGUGUUAAACCACGCAGAUGUACCAAUUAUCGAUUAUGAAGAUCCAGAUUAUUUGCCUCUGCCAGAGUACCCUUUGCGCCCUGAUGAACCACUAGAAGUACGGAAACAACGUCUUAUUUAUCAGUCUCGAAAACGCGGCAUGCUUGAAAAUGAUUUGAUUCUCAGUACAUUUGUGGCGCGUUACUUAAAAGACAUGGAUGCUACACAAACAGCACAAUAUGAUCAACUUAUUAAUGGCGUAACUAAUGAUUGGGACAUAUAUUACUGGGCUACAAAUGUAAAACCCACACCACCGGAACAUGACAAUGAAAUUAUGCGACUAUUAAAGGAGCAUGUGGCAAACUCUCAACGUGAGCAACGUAUAUGUCAACCAAACUUGUAAAAUAUGUGAUUAAAAAAUGUUAUUGUUAUAAAAUAUCUUUAUUCUUUCUUGCGUAUAAGCCACUUAUUACAGGCUUUACAAUAAUUAAUCUUUCAAAUAUA